AGUGGAUAACUUCAUAACUCGUUAGCGUAGCCAGUUUGUGUCCAAUGUGUAGCAACCUUGCUAAGUAGCUAAUUUAGCUAGCUAUUCUGCUGAGGGGAGAUUGAAUGGCAUGUCUUUCAAAGCGUCGCUGACAAUAACAUCCGAUCAGUGACUGUGCAAUUCACUCUUAAAUAGUAGCUAGUAGCCUGCUCGUGUCCUAGGAUAGGAUCAUUUUUGACAGCACCAUAAGUCUUGUUAUCAAUGAGUCGUGUUAUUGUUUAUUUUCUGCAGAGCUAUCAAACAUGUCUACGGCCAAGCACAGGAUGCGCGAUAAGAAGAUGAGGAACCAGCCGAUCAACGUCACCUAUUCCUCCCAGGGCAGCUCCCACUGGAGGAACGGAGGGGACACCCCUACAGGUCGAGGCUAUGAUCUGUCUCCACAUCCAAGGGGCCAGGGGUCCUCUCACUCAGGCCAUGCCCAGAGAGGGGGCUGGGUCCGGGGCCACCAGAGAGAAGGACAUGGGGGCUACCCGCAGGCUCUGCCCACACACAUUACUGCCUCGGCGUUUGCCAAGGCCCGGGCAGCAGAGGUGAACGCCAUGUUGACGGCCGUCACCAAGACAACAGGCAGCUCCCAUGUGUUUGGAGCGCUUCCUAAACACAUGAGGAGGAGGGCCAUGAGUCAUAACACCAAGAGACUGCCCUGCAGGCUGAGAGACAUGGCCAACAACAUGUUGGAGAAGAGUCAAAAGGCUGGUCAGAAGGUGAAGAAGGAACAGUCCAAGAGCAAGAGCCGUAAAGCCCGGCGUCGCCACGGCAACAUGCUUCUGGAGUUCAACCGUCGCCAGCGGAAGAACCUGUGGCUGGAGACACACAUCUGGCACGCCAAGCGCUUCCACAUGGUCAAGAGAUGGGGCUACUGUCUGGGAGACAGGCCAACCUACAAGUGUUACAGAGCCUGCUACAGAGCCAUGAGCUCCCACUGUCUAAUACAGGACAUGUCGUACUACUGCUGUGUGGAGUUACAGGGACCAGAGGAACAGCUGUUAGCUACUUUGUCUAAGCUGACCAGUAAGGAAGCUGGGCCUACGUUUGCAGCAGCCAUGUGUGUGUCAGGCAGGAGACAGGGCAGUGUGGUGGUGUACAGAGCAGGACUGUACCCUCUCCAGCCCCUGGGGCCUGUCACAUUCCUCUGGAGGCCCAGAACACAGGGCCGGGGGGGCCAGGAGGACCAGGGCCGGGGGGGCCAGGAGGACCAGGGCCGGGGGGGCCAGGAGGACCGGGGGGACCAGGGGGGCCAGGGAUCAACACACAGACAGCUGUGGAUCUGGGCCCACCCCACCAUGAAAACGGACCUCCUCCCAGAGCUGCAGGCUGUCUGUCAGUGUUCUGAGGCUGUACUUCCACCUGCUCCAGUGGAGCUCCCUGUCCCACAGCCAGCCCCUACCCCCACCUUGGCCCCUGGUCCUGGGGCUUGUCCUGAGGCGGUGCAGGCCUCUGCUUCUGGUUCUAAGAGGAAGUGGUCCUCCAGGGAGCCUGAGGCUGCAGGACCACCAGCCAAGAAGCUCGUGGGAUACAGUACCAUUUCUGCUACCACACCCGUCACCUGGAGGUCCAGUACCACUGGUAUAGUCAUCAGUGACCUCACCAUGGAGAUGGUGCGCUAUCGUCUGAUUGGACCUCUUUCACAUUCCGUUCUGACUGAAACACUGGACCCUGCCACACACUGUGAUGCUACAGGUAAAUCCAGACCAUCUCCCUUCUGGUGGCCAGAUCACUGUAGAGACGACUGUAACAUGUCUCUUCAUCAACAACAAGCUGGUGUCUUCAACAUGCUCAAAGGUGUGUACUCCACAGCGGAGGUCCCCGCCGGCUCAGUUCUGGGUCUGACGGUGGAUGACCCCAGAUUGACCUUACCAAACAAGAGAGGCAAGGCCGUGUCCGACUUCAGGAAGGCACAAGGAGUGAACGAGAAGAGGAGGAGGGAACUGAUGUUAAAGGGGAUCCCUGAACCCCUCAGCCAGAGUUCCCUGUGGGACCGGUCUGUCCGCGACAACGUCACACACAACAAGAUGACAGACCAGGAAGUAAACAGACUGCGUCAUGAUGUUCUGGUCCCAGGCUCCAGACUACCCACCCCCCUGCAGGGCAGAGUACCCGUCCUACUGGUGCAGCAGUCUGGGAAGAGCCAGGGCACAGAGAUGGGGUCCUGGGGGACGGGCUGGGACCUGCUGCUACCCAAGGCCUGGGGCAUGGCCUUCUGGGUCCCUCUGGUUUAUAGAGGAGUACGUAUCGGAGGGCUGAGGAUGAGUCUGAAACACGCACAGAAUAAAGGAGAGCCUCACUUUCCCCACGACUACCCAGACUGCCCUGCAGGAGCACGCUUCCAGGAAGAGCAGGAGGCUGAGCUGCUGGCCAAGUUCAGGAGGCGCCCACCAGCCAAACGGACCAAUUACAUCAAACAUGGCUGCCUGGCUCCGUUCCGUUGUCCCUGGCAACAGCUGGUCGAGGAGUGGCAGCUGAUUGUGAAGGAGGGAGGAGGAGAGGAGGCUGUCGCAACAAUGGAACAGGAAGUGACACCACCCCAGAGUAACUUCACAGUCUUGAGGAACAGGAAGUCUCUAAGGCAACUGUCCGCUUGGUGUCGCCCCACAUCCUCUAAAUGUCAGAGGGCACGUAACCUGGGAUCAACACCUCCACUCAACCGUAACGUCGCAGCGGCUCUCCUCUCGGCACACGGCGGCAGCAGCCUGGUGUGGACCCGUCUCUCCCUCGUCACCAAGGGCCAACCGGAGCAGCACGCCCUGGUGUGUGUCCCCACCGCAGAGGACCUCCAGCUGGUACGUAAGGAGCCGGGCUGCACCGGCCCCCAGGAGCCUCUCCACACUGACCACUUCAAGAGCCGCGUCAAACGGCCACGCAAGAAGGACCACAACAAACCUGGAACCUCUUCCUCGGCCAAGCCUGAAAACAAGCAGUCUGACCCUGCCUCUACCUCAGUCCCUAGUGUCAAGCCUGGUGCUGAUCCUAGCUCCUCAUCCAGUCUCACCAACCCCUCUUCCUCCUCUACCUCAGUCCCUAGUGUCAAGCCUGGUGCUGAUCCUAGCUCCUCGUCUAGCCUCACCAACCCCUCUUCCUCCUGUACCUCAGGCCUGACUCUGGGUCUCUGGCCGGAGCCCCUGCCCAGCGUCACCUCCCACUGCUCCAGGGUGACUCUGGGCUGGGUGACCCAGGGGGACUUCUCCCUGUCGGCUGGCUGUGGAGAGGCUCUCGGGCUCCUCAGCGUUACCGGUCUCCUACACACCCUACUCCGACAGCCUGACAGCCAGAGAGGACUGGUGCUGCUACGGAACCCCGGGUCACUGCAGUACCGCUUCGCUAAGAUCAACAUAGAGGUCUGAGGAGUACUGCGGGUUCAAGACCACUUCGCUUAGACCCAGCUAUGUAAAGCCACAGACUGUGUUCUGAGAAAAACACUGUGCCUUGUCCCUUCACCUCACCAGACAAGAACUGCAUGGCAUGCACACACACACACACACACACACACAUAUAUAUGGAAUGCCACAUUGUUUAAGUGGAAGAACUUUUGCUUGAUAAUAAUUCCCUAUAAAGGUUUUCUGGGAGUUUUUCAUUUGAGUUGAAAUCACAGUUAUUUUUUAGUUCAAUAUUGUUUUCACCGAAGGGACUGCCUUCAGAUUGUCACUGGGUUUGUACUGGCUCUGUGGAGAAGACAUCAGUCAUUCUGUACUGGCUCUGUAGAGAAGACAUCAGUCAUUCUGUACUGGCUCUGUAGAGAAGACAUCAGUCAUUCUGUACUGGCUCUGUGGAGAAGACAUCAGUCAUUCUGUACUGGCUCUGUGGAGAAGACAUCAGUCAUUCUGUACUGGCUCUGUGGAGAAGACAUCAGUCAUUCUGUACUGGCUCUGUAGAGAAGACAUCAGUCAUUCUGUACUGGCUCUGUGGAGAAGACAUCAGUCAUUCUGUACUGGCUCUGUGGAGAAGACAUCAGUCAUUCUGUACUGGCUCUGUGGAGAAGACAUCAGUCAUUCUGUACUGGCUCUGUGGAGAAGACAUCAGUCAUUCUGUACUGGCUCUGUAGAGAAGACAUCAGUCAUUCUGUACUGGCUCUGUAGAGAAGACAUCAGUCAUUCUGUACUGGCUCUGUGGAGAAGACAUCAGUCAUUCUGUACUGGCUCUGUGGAGAAGACAUCAGUCAUUCUGUACUGGCUCUGUGGAGAAGACAUCAGUCAUUCUGUACUGGCUCUGUGGAGAAGACAUCAGUCAUUCUUUGGUUUGCCUCGAUUCACAUUUUCGAUUUUUGUGUGGAUUUGAGAGCUCUAGUUGAAAUGGUUGACAAUAAAAUCCCUCUACUCCAA